AUGCCCGCCGCCGUGAAGGCCCUCAUCCUGCUGGCGCUGGCCGCCCUGACCGGCCUGGCCGCGGCCAAGAAGAAGCCGAGCGCGCCGCUGGGCAGCAAGCUCAUCUUCCAGUGGGUCGAGAUGGAGCACUGCCCCGAGACCUUCGACAUGAACGCCACCUACGAGCUCAGGUACAUGCGCAACGGCGACGUGUUCGCGGACACCACCUUCCACGUCCGGAAGCCCGCCCAGACCAUCACCAAGUUGCGACAGAUCAUCACGUCGUGCACGGAGGCCGGCGCCGAGUGCGAGCACUUCAUGACCUGGGACUCGCCCAUGGAGGGCUGCGCCUUCAUCUCCGCCAAGCACGCCGUCUGGUCGCCCACCUUCGUCAACAUCAAGCCGCCCUUCUUGUGCCCCAUCGCCACCGGACUCUACGUCAACAAUAACUGGACCGUUGACAAGAACCUGCUGAACCUACUGCCCUUCCCUCGGAACCACCUCUACAAAGACCGCGUGGAGAUGUGGAACGAAAAAAACGAACUCUUCUGGUGCUUCAUCUUCCACUUGAUAUUCAAACUGUACAAACCGCGAACUUAACCCCCCAAAAAGAACAAAGAGAACAAAAAUAUAGUCUUAUUGAAAUAUUUGUCUGUUUAGUCUGUAUUAGUUUAAGGAUGCGGCAAUAAGAUUCAAUGUGCAAAUGAUUUUAUUGGCAACUGCACUUACAUUGUCGAAUUACAGUGCACUGCAAUAAA